UAUAAUAAUUGUUUGGCCUUUGGGCUUUUACAAUACAAACACCUAAAAACGCACAGGCCACAUUGAACAAUGUACAAAGCUUCAAUGGUUGGCUUGCACGCUUAGCACUCACAGCAUUUCACGGUUUACACCAUUUUCUCUUUCAGAUUUGCUUUAAUUUUACCAUCACUUUAGACCCAUAAAAGAAGAAAACAGGAAGGAAACAACGAAAGAACCCAUCGUUGUUGCUGCAGAAAUCUCAAAAGGGCAUGGCCUCAACCGAGAGUUCCAGAUCUUCAACUGCUGGCUCUCCCGAUUCAUACAUAGGCAGCUUGAUAAGCUUGACGUCCAAGUCUGAAAUCAGAUAUGAAGGUGUUCUGUUUAAUAUCAACACUGAAGAAUCCAGCAUCGGCUUGAGAAAUGUAAGGUCAUUUGGAACGGAAGGGCGGAAAAAAGAUGGUCCACAAGUGCCAGCAAGUGAUAAAAUUUAUGAAUAUAUACUGUUCCGUGGAAGUGACAUCAAGGACUUGCAGGUUAAAUCUUCACCACCACCAGUUCAGACUCCGGCACCUAUACACAAUGAUCCUGCUAUUAUACAGUCUCACUAUCCCCAAUUAGCAAUUGCAUCCACUAGCUUGCCUUCUUCUGGUUCAGGAUCUAUGCAAGAUAUGGGUUCCCAAACUUCGUCUAUAGGACUGACAAGGCCACCAUUUCAAGGCAAUCUUCCAUUAUAUCAACCUGGUGCAAAUUUAGGUCCAUGGGGUUCACCAGCUGCUCCAACCACAAAUAGUGGGCUCUCCAUACCGAUGUACUGGCAGGGUUACUAUGGGUCCGCAAAUGGUCUUCCUCCACAGCAGCAACCUUUGCUCCAACCCCCACCUGGCUUGUCAAUGCCAUCUUCCAUGCAGCAACCUAUGCAAUAUCCAGCCAUGAAUGCGUCUUUACCAGCUGCAGCUUCUAAUUUGCCAGGUUCUCAGUUACCUGAAAACACUCCCCUUUUGCUGCCACCCUUUGGUACAGGCACACCGAAUUUGCAAUCUUCCGGUCCUCCAGCACAGUCUUCUAAUGUAGCUUCGGACUCAUUAACUAGUUUGAAUCAAGGUAGGGCCUCUGCUUUAACUCUUCCUACUGCAGCUCCAAGUAGUAGCUUGCCACUGGUACCUCCAUCAAGUACUGCUUUAGAUAAAACUGCUGUCGUGUUGCCCUUUUCUGAAAAAACUAAGACAGUUCCUGAUCCUGUAAUGCCAUUCAAAGGCAUGGCUGAUUCUGCUUCCUCCACCAUUGGGACAACAAGUUCAGUUUUAAAUGAUGGGAUGCUUCCUUCAUUAGUAACCCCAGGCCAGCUUUUACAACCAGGACUGGUCCCAGCAUCUUUGUCUAUGUGUUCACAAACAGCUCAGAAGGAUGUGGAAGUUGUUCAUGUGUCAUCUCCAGAACUGACAACAUCAGCCCCUGCACUAGCACCUGGGCCUGCAAAAGCAUCACAACCUGUGUUAGCACAAGCACCGCAAUCAUUGUCGGCACAAGCAGCGCCACCAUUAUUAGCACAAGCACCACCACAACCAUCAAAAACAGAAGGACAGGAACCUAUAUUGCCUUCGCCUUCACCCUCUGAUCAUAAGCUACAUGGAGCUCCAAUGCAUGCUCAUCAGUAUCAUAAUUAUAGAGGAGGCCGUGAAAGAGGACGAGGAAGAGGAAGAGGAAGAGGAAAUGAGAUUUCACGUUCGGCAACCAAAUUUACAGAAGAAUUUGACUUCAUGGCAAUGAACGAGAAAUUUAACAAGGAUGAAGUUUGGGGUCAUCUUGGAAAAAGUAGCCGAGCUAAGGAAGAUGCUGAUGAUUUACAAAAUGAAGAUAGUGUUGAAUCCUCGCAAGUUGAGGUUAAGCCUGUAUAUGUCAAGGAUGACUUUUUUGAUUCCUUGUCCUGUGAUUCUCUUGGUGGUGGGUCACGGAAUGGGAGGACUAGAUUUUCAGAGCAAAUGAGGAGGGAUACAGAGACCUUUGGUGAUUUCCCAAGGCAUCGUGGCGGUAGAGGUGGCCGGGGACCUUUCCAUGGUGGUCGAGCUAGAGGUUCUUAUUACGGAAGAGGCUAUGGUUAUGGUGGAAGAGGUAGGGGAUACGGCACAGAAAAUCGUACCAACUAGUUAGCAGCUGGGAAUUGAGUACAAUUAGUAAGAUCAAAACUAUUACCAAGAAUGUAUGAACGUGCAAGACCAAAUUAAAAGAUUGGCCUUUGAAUGUACUCCUAUAAUGGGUUGCUGCUUUUAGGAUUCAGACUAAUGAACUAUAUAAAAUAAAACCAAUCCCAAAAGACAGAUAAUGGAUUUCCAUUGCACUGCUAGGUUUUGAAUGGUUGGUUAAUGUGAGGGUCAUUUGUUAUGUUAAACCCAGUGUUUUUAUUUUGUCUAUUUAACAUUAUUCUGUAUUAGGACAUACACUAGCCAAGGAGUAAAAGACAAGAUUUGGUUGCUUUGGUUUA